AAAUUCAAAAAUCCUUCUCCAUGUGCGAAAACAACAAUGGCAGCGAUUGAAGGAGGUGGAGGGACGUUAUCAGAAAUCUACCAGAGGUCGAAGAAGCUACUCCUCCGGGCGAGGGAUGGAAUCGAGCGUCUGGAGAGGCUCGAGAACUCUGCGUCCAAUGCCGUAGGACUGGACUCGCCCGAACUCUCCUUCGACGUCAAGAAAGAUAUAUCUCAGAUCCAGUCGCUAUGCGCUGAAAUGGAUCGCCUCUGGCGCUCCAUCGCCGCCAAGCCACAGCGCGAUCUCUGGAAAAGGAAAGUCGAGCAAGUGGCAGAAGAGGUUGACUCACUGAAAGAUGGUCUUGACAAAUUCUUGAUGAGGAAUCAGAGAAGAAUGACAGAAGCUAAAGAGAGAGCUGAAUUACUUGGAAGAGCAAAUGGAGAGUCGGCUCAUGUUUUGAGAAUUUUUGAUGAGGAAGCACAAGCAAUGCAAUCAGUCCGAAACUCAUCAAGGAUGUUGGAAGAAUCUUUCGCAACUGGAACAGCUAUCCUUUCCAAAUAUGCAGAACAAAGGGAGCGUUUGAAGGUACCUCUUCUACAUAGACACGCAUAAAACAUGUAACUUUGUUUAUGGUGAAAAUUUGAAAUGGUUCAUGGGGGUACUUCUAGAUUAGGUUUUAUUAUGUUUAAAUUUAAGGAAUUUAUAAUAUUUUUUGCAAGCCUGGUAACUCUGUGUUGGCUAUGUUCAAGAAGUUUACUACUUUUAUUCUGUAAGUUGAAUGUUUCUGCAGUGUUGUUUGUGCUCUCACGAGUAAAUGGUGUACUGUGACAAUUGAUCCCAAUACAUAACUGUUGUAAACAACUUUGUUUGGCUCAGAGAGCGCAACGGAAGGCUUUGGAUGUCCUUAACACGGUUGGACUCUCCAACUCUGUACUGAGGCUCAUUGAGAGGAGGAAUCGUGUCGAUAAAUGGAUCAAAUAUAUGGGCAUGGUUUUGACAAUCAUCAUUUUAUAUUUCUUGUUGAGGUGGACUAGAUGAAAUCAUCUUAUUCAAUUCAGAUGCGUGAUCUCGUAAGGAAAAUUAGGGGCGUGCAAACCAUUUGGUUCUCCGGUGGAUCCUAUCCAAAUUGAAAGUAAACACUCCAGGCUUCUGAAGCUGAUAGGUUCUUAUUGGCCUGAGACGCAAAUUAGAUACGUUAAGCCCACUGGCGGAGUCAGGAUGUGGGAUGAGGGGUGGCCGAAUUUAUAGACACUUAAAUUAAUUUGUGCAAAGUAUUAAAUUUUUUUAUUUGUU